UAUCAAUUAAUCAGCUAUUAUAAGUGCCUCAAUUUGAUCACAAAAUUGCAUAGAAUAAUUUGCUUCAACUUCAACUACCUUCCUCUUUUGUGUGGUACACCAAUCAAACCACUUAUCCAUGGCUGCUUCAGUCUCCACUGUUGGAGCUGUCAAAACUAUGAGCUUGAAUGGCUCAGUAGUAGCAGGACCUUCAGUUUCCAGUUCAUCUUUCUUCGGCACAAGCUUGAAGAAGAUUAAUUCUAGGCUUCCAAACACUAAAGUUUCCUCUGGAAGUUUCAAAGUUUUUGCUGCUAAAGAGAUCGACCCUGAAAAGCAGACAGACGGAGACAGGUGGAGGGGUUUGGCCUAUGAUAUUUCAGAUGACCAACAAGACAUCACAAGAGGAAAGGGUUUGGUUGAUUCAGUUUUCCAAGCUCCACAAAAUGCUGGAACUCAUUACGCAGUUAUGAGUUCUUAUGAAUAUGUUAGCACCGGACUUAAGCAGUACAACUUUGACAACACUAUGAGUGGUUUUUACAUUGCUCCUGCUUUUAUGGACAAGCUUGUUGUUCAUGUCACUAAGAAUUUCAUGACCUUGCCUAACAUCAAGGUUCCUCUAAUUCUUGGUGUCUGGGGAGGCAAAGGACAGGGAAAAUCUUUCCAAGCUGAGCUUGUUUUUGCCAAGAUGGGAAUUAACCCCAUCAUGAUGAGUGCCGGAGAGCUUGAAAGUGGAAAUGCAGGAGAGCCAGCAAAACUGAUCAGACAGCGAUACCGUGAAGCUGCUGACAUAAUCAAGAAGGGAAAGAUGUGCGCUUUGUUCAUCAACGAUCUUGAUGCAGGAGCAGGUCGUAUGGGUGGAACAACCCAAUACACUGUCAACAACCAGAUGGUGAAUGCCACACUCAUGAACAUUGCUGAUAACCCCACAAAUGUCCAACUCCCUGGUAUGUACAACAAGGAAGACAAUGCUCGUGUUCCCAUCAUCGUCACUGGUAACGAUUUCUCAACAUUGUAUGCUCCUCUCAUCCGUGAUGGACGUAUGGAGAAAUUCUACUGGGCUCCUACUAGAGAGGACCGUAUUGGAGUCUGUACUGGAAUAUUCCGUCAUGACAAUAUCGAAAAUGAUGACAUUGUCAAGCUUGUUGACACCUUCCCUGGUCAAUCCAUUGAUUUCUUUGGUGCAUUGAGGGCUAGAGUGUAUGACGACGAAGUGAGGAAGUGGAUUUCUGGGAUAGGUGUUGAGGCAAUUGGAAAGAGGCUUGUGAACUCAAAGGAAGGACCACCACAAUUUGACCAGCCUAAGAUGACCCUAGAAAAGCUGUUGGAAUAUGGUGGCAUGCUUGUCCAAGAACAAGAGAAUGUGAAGAGAGUCCAAUUGGCAGACAAGUAUUUGAGUGAGGCUGCUCUUGGUGAUGCUAAUCAAGAUGCUAUUACUAGGGGAGCUUUCUAAACAAGAGGCCUUUGUUGGAGGUAUGACAUGUUCCUGUUCUUGAUUCAAAUGCCUCAAACUUUGAUCCAACUACUUGAAGUUGUGGUGGCACGUGCUUGUAACAUUCUCAUUGUAUCAUUAGGUGGAAGGAAAAGAUUCCAAGUUUGAGAUGAUUUUAUAAUAUUUUUCUUUUUUGAGUGUCUUUCUGUGUAAUUUUGUUAUAUGUACAAUGUUAUAUUUGUAUUUGGCGCCUUUCUCUUUCUACCUAUUACAUCCUUGAUUUCUUUA